UUUCCGUCAUAAUCCGGACAAACGCCAUAUUGGAAAGAUGGCCACGAAGGAGUCCAAACGAGUUGCAGACUUACGAGUUGUUGAUUUAAGAUUACAGUUGGAGAAACGUGACUUGGAUAAAUCAGGUGUUAAAGCUGUUCUUGUCGAAAGACUGCAAAAGGCACUAGAAGAAGAAGGUCAUGACCCAAACACUGUUGAAUUAGAGGUAACUGAAUCACCAGCUGGCAAAAAAACACCAGGAUCUGCAAGAAAAGCACAGUUAAAAACAAAAACAGAUGAAGACAAAGAUGCAGAAGAUAAAGAUGCAGACAAGUUUGAUGAUGAGGGUGAAGAGGAUGAAACUGAAGAUUGCUCAAUUGAGAUUAUAGAACCUAAAGUUGAUACAGUAGACCUUACAGAGAAUGAUUCAGAGAAGGAGGACAAUGACACUGUAACUGAUGAAAAAUCUGAUGAAAAGAAAAUUGACCAGAUAGAGAAUGGGUUGGAGGUUGCAUCAGAGCAGACUGAAGCUAAGCAAACCAGUACAGACUCAAAGGAGGAACCAAUGGAAACAGAAAAUGAAGUUAAAGAGCCAGAAACAAAAGAGGAACCAGCCCAAGCAGUCCCUAGUUCUGUUACAACUGAGACUCCUGCUUUGCCUGUUGUUAGUGAACAGCAGGAAAACAAUCCAGAAUCUUCUGAGCCUAUUGUUGGUGAUGCUGAGAUAUCAACUGUUGCCUCAUCUGCAGCUGAAGAUGAAAAAUCCACUCCAAAAGCAGAGGACACUUCAAAACUAACUGAUGAUUCUGUGGAUAAAUCUGAUGUUAAAAAUGAAUCUGAUGUUAAAAAUGAAUCUGUGGGGGAGACGACCGAAGUAAUAAAACCUCUGUCAGUGUCUACACCGGCAAAAACUGAUGAUACUGCCAAAGUUAAGGCAGAUGUUUCUGUUGAAGAAACAUUGGCAGGGGAGGGGAGUGAUAAGGGGGCAGGUAUCAAGCCGGAUAAACCUGGUGAAGAAAAGAUAGAUGGGCAGAAACCUGAAGGGGAGAGUGAACAGUUAGAGGUGCUGGUGGAUGACACACAAAAUGACCUGGAUGCUGACCUACUUAAUUCUCAGAGUUCAGCUAAAACAGAGGGAACUAAUGAUGGAAGUACCAAGGGAACUGGAGAUGGUAAAGAUGCUGGUCCAUCAACAGAUGCCAAAAAAGAAGGUGAUGAAUCUACUAAGAGUGAUGCCUCUAAAACUGGUGAAGGUGAAACUAAAACAGAUGACAAGAAACCUGAUGAAAAGAGUGCUGCUAAGGACACCAAAAAGGAUGAGAGAUCUGGAAGCCGUAAUUUGUGGGUAAGCUCCCUAUCUACUACCACUAGAGCCACUGAUCUCAAGGCAUUGUUUAGUAAAUAUGGAAAGGUUGUAGGAGCAAAGGUGGUAACAAAUGCACGUAAGCCAGGAUCACGAUGUUACGGUUUUGUGACAAUGUCCUCAGCUGAGGAAGCAGCCAAAUGUAUUCAACAGUUACAUAGAACAGAACUUCAUGGGAAAAUGAUCUCAGUGGAAAAGGCUAAGAAUGAACCAGGAUCUGCUGCUAAAAGUCAACAAACAAGCAAAAAACCUGAACAGAAAAAGACUGAGCAGAAAACUACAACACCUGUCAAAAAGGAAGAAGGAAAAACAGAUACAGAUAAGAAAGAUGACAGUAAAGAUAAGAAAGAUGUUGAUAAAAAAGACGAGAAGAAAGAUGAUCGUAAAGAUUCUCAUCAUAGCCCACAUUCUCAUCAUGGUAGAGAUCGCCAUGAUCAUGGUCGUGACAGGGACAGGGGACAUGGUCGUUACAGUGGCAGGCAUGAUUAUAGGCGUGGCUCACGUAGGUCACCCCCUCACAGACAUCGGGAUAAUCGAGAACAUCGGAAAUCAUCAGAUAAGAAAGAUGUUGCUACAAGUGACAAAGAUGGUAAGGAUAAAUCUCGCACAGUGGUGAUGGAUAAAAGUAAGGGUGAACCUGUGAUCAGUGUACAAGGAGAGGAAAAGAAAGAUGGAGAAAUCCAAGCUGAAGAUCAAAUUAAAAAAGAAGAAAUCAAAGAAGAUGUCAAAAAAGAGGGAGAUGAUUCAAAGCCUGCUGCAGAGACAGCUGGUGAAGAAAAGAAAGAUGAUACAAAAGAAAAAGACAGAGCAAAGUCUGAGAAAAGUGAUAAACAUCGCUCUAGAUCUCGUGGAACUUCAUCAAAGAAAGAUGAUAAAAAAGAUGUUGUUACUCUUGAUAGAAUAAAGGAAGCCAGAGAGCGUGAGAGAUUACGUCAAAUUGAAAGACGUAUUAAAGAUCAGGAAAGGCGACGUCAGCGUGAAUUGUUGCGUGAGAGACAGAGACAGAGGGAGGUUCAACAGAAACAAAGAAGUGAAGCAAUAAAGCUUAGCAGGGAAAGAGAAAGAUUAAGGAGGGAAAGAGAACUUCUGGAGAAGGAACGUUUAGAAGCACAGAGAUUAGAACGAUUAAGGCUUGAACAGAUUGAGCGAGAAAGAUUGGAGAGAGAAAGGGAAGAGAAGAGACGUUUAGAACAGUUAAGACUUCAGGAGGAGCAACAACGUAGAGCAACAAAGAGAGCAUAUGAUGCUCGUGAUAGAGAUGCUUACUGGGACUCAAAGAGACCUGCCUUAGCUGACAGGGGCUAUGGUGAUAGAAUUGACAGAGAUCGUGUUGAUCGUAAUGCUAGAGAUGUUGGCGGAGGUGGCAGGUAUGUAGAGAGAGUUACUCAACAAGACAACAUGGCAGACAGUAGAAGAGUAGUAGAUAGAUUUGACCGCGGUGAUAGACGAGGUAUAGAUACAAGAGGAGAUAUUGGUGGAGCACGUGCUGGGAGAAUCGAUGAUAGGAGAGAUAUGAGAGAUCUCGGAGGACGUAGAGAUGAUAGAAAUAACACAGGAAUAAAUGAUAGAGGAGGCAGAGAUCAGAGGAACAUGGCAGGUGGUCGUGACCGUGGUAAUGAUAGAGUAGAUCGGGCACCAGCAGCACGUAAUGAUAGAGCAGUUGAUCGUUCAGCAGACCGGGGUCCAGGUAGAGAUGAGAGAAGGGACGUUGGAGGCUCGGGUUAUAGAGAUUCUAACCAGAGAGAUAUAAGAGAUAGAGGUAUAGAUAACCGGGGUGGUGACAGGUCAGGUAGACAGAAUCUUGGAUCUAGAGAUAACAGAUCUGAUUUUCGCUCAGAUAAAGAUCAAACUAUCAUUGGCUCCAGAGACCAUAGAGAUAAUCGUGGGUCGCAACAAGAUGUACGGGGCACAGGUGGCUCCCUCUCACAGUCAGGGCGGGGCAGUAACUGGCAGGGCCAGGGCAGGAGUGGGGGCAGUCAGGGCAUACAGGACAGGAGUAGAGACAGUGCCAGCAAGAACUUCUCAAGGAAUCAGGCAGGAGGGAUAUUGAAAGGUUCUGCCCAACAGGGUAGUCAAGGUAAUUGGGGCUCAGGUUCACAAAGAACAGAUAAUACUACAGUGAACAGACAACCAGAUAGAUGGGCAGGGAAUUCCAUUGUACAGCAAGAAGCUAGACCAAUAGCUUAUCAGACUGUUGGUGCACCGCCAGGAAUCUUAGCUAAUGUACCUACUGGAAUGUAUGUUACAACAUCAAUGGCUCCAGGAGCUCUCAUGAUGGCUGCUCCAACCCUUCAAGGUCAAAAUAGGCAACAGGAUCAAAGAUUUGAUGCAUACAAAGCUUUAGGACCCAACAUUAGAAGAUACUGAGAUUAAUGUUCAGUCAUAUUGUUUAGAUUAUAUGUACGUUAUGUGAAUCAACUUUUAUGUUAUGUGAAUCAACUAUUACAGAUCACAAAGUUUGGAAAAAAACAUUUUCAUCAUAAAUGUUGCAUGUAAUGUUUACUAAGCUGGAUCAUGUUAAAUGAAAGAUUGCUUUUGAGCAGCAUUUUUGUCGCAGCAAUAUAUUUUAUUUAAAGUUAUAUUGGUUUUAUAAGUGUUUUAUAAAACAAAGUGUUUUACUUGAUCACUUUUACAUAGUUGUGUCAUCUAAGGAAAUUUAGAAAAUCAAAUUUUAUGUCAUUAUUAUGUAUCAUCUCUGUAAAUGCAUUUCACAUUUAUUGUUUUCAAUUAAUUGAUAAAAAAAAUAAAACGGUAUGUAGAAAAAAUAA